CCUCAUGAUUGAAGCCUGUGUCUUUGGUGCUAACAUUAGCAAUACUAGCUAGCUAAGUAGCUAACCCUGCUUCAUCUGAAAGUGUUUUCAACAAUAACAGACAAUACAGACUAAGCGACUGUAAGCAACCAUCUGUCAACACUGUAGUCCUAUUGCAACUAAUAACAAGUAUGACGUUAACGAAAAUAUAGGCAACUUCGUCGGUGAUGGUGGGAGUGGUUUUGCAGUAUGGAAUCAUGUCACGAGUCUGUUCAUCUGCUGAAGAUGGAUCAAUAUGGGAGAUAUGAAAGCAGUGGUCAGCCAGAAGAGCUUUUUGAUCACUCAUUGCAUUGGAGCGAGGUUAAAGAGGAGGUUGAAGAAUGUCCGAUAUCAGCUGUGUCAUUAGGAGUUGAAACGUCCCAGGUUUGUCCAAAGGAGGACUCCGAUGAACAAGAUCCUUCCUUUGACACAGUUUCAGACAUCCAUGGAGUCACAGAGCAAGAGUGUGGACAUAAAGGCAUAACAUAUCUCAAAGUAAAGGUGCUGCCUUCUCCAGUCCCAGUCAAAGAGGAGUCUGAAGAAUUCUCCCUUCUGCCAGUAGAUGAAGAGGAAGUUGCUUUAAUUACAGUGAAGAAGGAAGAGCAUGAAGACUGGUUGAAAUCAGAAGAUGAGGAUGUUGUGAAAGUGUCAGUGCCUUGGGAGCCGUUGAAAACACCAUCAUCAUCAUGCUCAGAUACAGAGGACAGUAAGAUGGAAAGUGAUAAUGUGGGGGACUGUGAAAACCAUGAGCGUGGUGUUUCAAUAGGAGUGAAAAUUGAAGAUUGCAGAAGGACAUCAUUGGAUCCAGGGACGGCACCAGAUACAGAUGAGAAAGCUAAUGCUGUUGAUUUCAGUGACUUUGAAGAGGUGUCCUCCUUCUACUCCUGCCCCCAUUGUGCAAUCGGCUUCACCAUAGAACGCUUUUUCCUUGGGCACCUCAAGAGGGACCACCCUAAAGAUUACAUCGCAAUGCUGAAGUCUGGAAAAAUCAAAGCCUAUAAAAGAGGGAGUUUACGGGUGACCCCAGCCACAUGCCCGCAAUGUGGCAAGAGCUUCACCAAUAAAUAUGUUAUGCAAACGCAUCAGAGGACUCAUGCAGGGAAGAAAUCCCAUCACUGUGCAGACUGUGGGAAGAGCUUUGUCUACGCUGAUGGACUUAAAAGACACAGAUGGACUCACACUGGUCACAAGUCUGAUCAUCAUCUGAUGAAGAUGGAUCCAGUGGAUAAAUAUGGGAGAUCUGAAAGCAGUGGUCAGCCAGAAGAGCUUUUUGAUCACUCACUGCAUUGGAGGCAGGUCAAAGAGGAGGCUAAAGAACUUCAGAUUUCAGCUGUGCCAUUAGGAGUUGAAACGUCCCAGGUUUUUCAAAAUGAGGACCCUGAUGAACAAGAUCCCUCCUUUGACCCAGUUUCAGACAUCCAUGGAGUCACAGAGCAAGAGUGUGGACAUAAAGGCAUGACCUAUCUCAAAGUAAAGGACUCUGGAAACCAUGAGCGUGACGUUUCAAUAGGUUUGAAGAUUGAAGAUUGCAGCAGGACAUCAUUGGAUCCAGGGACGGCACCAGAUGCUGCUGAUUUCAGUGACUCUAAAGGGCAGUCCACCUCUUUCUACCCAUGCCCCCAUUGUACGCUUGGUUUCACCAUAGAACGUUUUUUCCACGGGCACCUCAAGAGGGCCCACCCUGAAGAGUACAUCACUCUGCUGAAGUCUGGGGAAAUAAUAGCAACAAAAAAAAAGUGUUCACAGCUGCCCCCAGCCAUGUGCCUGCAAUGUGGCAAGAGCUUCUCCAAUAAAUAUGUUAUGAAAACACAUCAGAGGAGUCACACAGGAGAGAAAGAUUAUCACUGUGCAGACUGUGGGAAGAACUACGUCUAUGCGGAUGCACUUAAAAAACAUAAAAAAAGAUGUGGGAAAGGAUUCCGAAGACAAACCCAACUGACCAGCCAUGAAAUGAUCCCCACAGGAGAGAGACCAUAUAAAUGCUCUCAGUGUGGAAAAGGAUACCGAACACCAGCCCAUCUAAAAGCACACCAGAAAAUCCACACAGGAGAAAAGCCUUAUCAGUGCUCUCAGUGUGACAAAUGUUUUGUAUUUUCCAGAGACCUUAAGAGACACAGAUGGACUCACACUAGUGAGAGACCAUAUAAAUGCUUUGACUGUGGGAAAGGAUUCAUAGAACAAACCCAAAUGACCAGCCAUGAAAUGAUCCACACAGGAGAGAGCCAAUUUAAAUGCUCUCAGUGUGCAAAAGGAUACCGGACACAAUCCCAUCUGACCAGUCAUGAAAUGACCCACACAGGAGAGAGACCAUAUAAAUGCUCUCAGUGUGGAAAAGGAUACAGAAGACCAGCCCAUCUAAAAAGACAUCAAAUGACCCACACUUAAGAGAGACCCUAUGAUUGCCUCAGGUGUAAGAAGUCAUUCUACCGGCUGAAAACUCUCAAAGCACACCAGAAAACCCACACAGGAGAAAAGCCUUUUUGGGUGAUUCUUCAUGAAACUAGAACAAAAUAAGACUAUGAUUUUGUUGAUUUUCAUGACAUUUAAUCCAUAGAAGGAUCCUUUGGAGGAAGGAUUGCAGAAAUCCCACUGGAACUUUGAUAUGCCUGUAGAGUAUAUUAUGUUCAACAAUAUAUUGAAACAUUUUCUAAAUCUAAAAUUGUAUAUUUUCUAUAUUCCUAAAUUAAUGUUUGGCCCUUAAAAUUGUCAAAGACUCCAGCCACCCUAGUCAUAGACUGUUCUCUCUGCUACCGCA